AUGUCAGAAUUUUAUAAAUUAUCACCAAAAGAUUCCAAAGGUGAACCAUAUCCAUUUGAACAAUUAAAAGGUAAAGUUGUUUUAAUUGUUAAUGUUGCAAGUAAAUGUGGUUUCACUCCACAAUAUAAAGGUUUAGAAGAAUUGAAUCAAAAAUAUAAAGAUCAAGAUGUUCAAAUUUUAGGUUUCCCAUGUAAUCAAUUCAAACAUCAAGAACCAGGUACAAAUGAUGAAAUUGUCAGUUUUUGUUCAUUAAAUUAUGGUGUUACUUUCCCUGUUUUAGAUAAAAUCAAUGUUAAUGGUGAUGAUGCUGAUGCAGUUUAUAAAUACUUGAAAUCUCAAAAGAGUGGGUUCUUGGGAAUGAAAAGAAUUAAAUGGAAUUUUGAAAAAUUCUUAAUUGAUAAAGAUGGUAAAGUUGUUGCAAGAUUCAGUUCUUUAACUAAACCAGAAUCUAUCACUCAAAAAAUUGACGAAUUAUUGAAAUAA